AUGACAGACACACUGAAUAAUGUGGUUGAAGUUGAUUUUACCAAUUUUAGAAGCUGUAAUGCCUCGUCACCAAUGGAUUUGUACACCAUGUCAGGAAAUGUCAUAAUCCCUCUCACUGCUGCAGGACACUUUUUCUUCAUUUCCACUGACCACUGUUCAUGUGGUCAAAAAGUGGAUAUAAGGAUCCUAAGUGGUCCAUCUCCCAAGUCUCCCACCACCACCAAACCACGCCAGGAAGAAGAGCACGGAAAUGAGAAUGAGAAUAACGCUGCCGUAAAGGCAGCGUCAUUUUUCAUCACAACAUUUUCUAUUUUCCUAUCAGUGAUUGUUGGGUCUGGUGCUAAUGUUGGUACUGUUUAA